UAGGUUAGGUUGAGCUCGCACGUCAUAGCGCGUGCCUGAGCUGCACCAAUUCGACAAGGGUCGCGUAGGUUAUGGUCGCGUAUCCUGAAUAAUGCAGUAAACAACUUCAGUCACGCUUUUUAUCACCUAUGCGGUGGUCAUCUCCGAGGAACGCCCAUGGGAGCCGAGCAUCGUGAGGUCAUCUAUUCCAAGUCGACGCGAGCGAGCGAAGUGACGUAGAGGUGACGCGCGCGUUUGACAGAUAAUUGACGUUUCAUUCGGAGGGCGAGAGAGAGAGAGAGAGAGAGGGAGAGAGUAGUCGGAUGUCGCGCCAGAAAAUGGCAAAUACCGCGGUAAUGCACAAGGCCAAGGAGGAGGACAUCCUCGAGUGUUUCCUUUACCCCAAGUUCUGCUACGCGUCCGACCCGGACGCGGUGACGGAGGCAAAGCUGAGCGAGGAGAUCGCUAAGUAUAACGUGGAGAUCGCCCAGUUCGUCGCCGAGCACAUCUGGCAUGGUGACAGCUUGAAUUUCCGUCCUAGAACGAAGCAGGCGAUGUUACUGAACAGGAUUCUCGAGGGAUCUGCGGUGGAGGAAGAUUACCAUACCUUGCCUCAUAUUUAUGCGAAACUGCGUUUCGACGAGGACAUAAGCGACGAAUGGCUGACAGUAUUCCUAAUAUUUAGGCUUACCAAAGUUUUCGAUGGAUUGAUCGCUAGAGUAGUGGACUCGGAUGGAGAAUUUCUUCUGAUAGAAGCUGCUAAUGUCCUGCCGCUGUGGGCCAGCCCUGAGACGUGUCAGGAUCGUGUGUUCAUUCACAAUGGUGAUAUUCAUGUUAUCAGAGAAAGAGGAACGUCGUUUCCCAAUUUGCUGAAUAAUAUCAAUGGCAAGCCACACAUCUCCAAGAUGUCUGAGAAGGUGCAGCUUGUAUUGCAAAAGCGAAUCGGUAUUUAUCCUGAUAAAAUUCAGAAGAGGAAACAUAAGGCUAGGGCAUACCUGCCGGAAAAAGCGGCCUCGAUACUUCGCCUAGAACCAAGACUUAUAGCUCCAGUGAUUAGAACCAUUUAUCAUUCGGAUCCACUUGAACGCAAGGUUUGUCGCGCCAUGAGAUAUUUUCCACCCGAACAACGAACUAUGGUCAAUGUCAGAAUGACCAAGUGUUUGUACGCGAUGGCGACGCACUGUCGUUAUACCGGUGAUCCAAGAACAGGUUGGAACAUCCCACCUGCAACUUGCUCAAAAUAUAAUGCUCAUGUUCUCGGAGUUAAGAUAGCAUGUGGUUUAGAGAUGCUAGUAGCUCGGGCCAAUGAGGAACGUAGAAAACGUACCAAGGAACAGUCGGACGUUCCCGAUGACGCUGAGAAAUUAAAGCUGAACGAACCAGCUUUCAAUGCUUACCUAGCUCGUUUAGAAGCGAACGGUUACUUUAGAGAUCUGUUGGAAGGUAGCCAGGAACGUGAAAAGCUGCUGUCUACAGCAAAAGAGUAUUUCUUGAAGCAUGCAACUUUAUUUGAUAAUCUGUCAGAUUUGUACGAAAGUGAUGCUCAGAAAGUAUUAGAAGCAUGGGAGAACAUUCAAACGAAUGACAUUGAAAUGCAUGCUCAAGAUGAAACUAUGCUCAGUCCUGUGGAUAGCGAUAGCUGGUUAAACGUGGAUCCAGCACAAUUAGAAACGUACUUGUACCAACAAUGGGGCAACGUCAAGGAUAAAAAAUUGGAGCAAGAAUCUUUAAGUCUCAGAGAGAAGGUGCAAUCAUUCCUCAACCAAACUAGCGACGUUGAUGGCGUUCAUUUCUUAGGGGAACAAUCGAUGGAAAAUGACAUGCAAGAUGCGGAGGAUGGUGCGCGAAUAGACUUCGACGCGGAUGUAUUCGAUAGUACAUUGAGAGGUAUCCUCGAUUUAGUUGUUCCGGGAGGAGAGGGAGAAUUCGAGGGUAGCUCGGAGGGAUCAUUAGGCGGCGACGACGAGGACAAAGGCGGCGAUAUGGACAAAUACAUGCGACUGUUGGACUCGCAACUACAAUCGCAGAUGGUAAAAGACGAGAGCGCGGUAGCGAAUGAGGACGAUAAUAACAGCGCGGAUCCCGUAGAGGCAAAUUUGCGAGAAAGUAUCGAAGCGGAGGCCGGCGGUUCCGGCCCGACCGGGAACAUAAUCGGUGGUCCUGUUCGAAGGCUUAUGCACUUGCAAUUGCAAUCGCCCACAACGGUACCGCCUGACUUACAAAGUUAAUGGCACCUCGACGAGUAGAUCAUUAAUAUAUAGUCGAUUCACAUUAACGAUCGCAGACAUUAUUGCAAUCUUUCGCUUCAUUCUGCAAAAUACAUAAGCAUUAUUCACCAUUUCAAGAAAGAAAAAAAAAGAAAAGAGAACUUGUGAUUAAAAUCUCGUUACACUAAUAUCCAAAAUUUAUUACUUAAAAAAAAAAAUAUAUAUAUAUAUACAGGUAUAUAUAUAUAUAUAUAUAUACUUAAUGUUAUAUCGAUAAAAGCACCUUUAUCACACAGUUACUAUCAUUGCUGCAUAUAUUUCACACGAUUGUACUUUUCAUCACUCGACUCUCUAUAAACACUGUUUUUCAUACAAAUUAUAUAUAUACACAGAUAUAUAAAAUGUUAUUACUGCGGCCAUAGAAUUAGAUUGUAAGAACUUUACUAUUUGUAUAUGUAGCAUUUUGUUUUCACUUUUAUAACUAAUUUUACUAAACGUUGAACUCUCUCUCUCUUUCUCUCUCUCUCUCUCUCUCUCUCUCUCUCUCUCUCAUGUGUACAGCUUUGUACAUUUCAAUUGGAAUAAUGAGAUACACGUUAGACAUUUGUUGUGUACAGAUUUGUAUAUUUUAAAUUUGCUGUAAGGACGAAACAUGUAUCCACAUACAUGUUCACACCAUACAUGCGCGUACACUAGUAAUUUGCAUAAAAAAAUCCCGUAUAGAAUAUUAUUUAUAUAUAUUACAAUUUGAAAAACCAACUCUUUUUCUCGGUGCUAUUGGCAAAAUAAUUAAUAAUUAUUUGGGACCUGCCUGUUUGAACCAUUUUGGUGUCCUGUUUUCAUUCCGAGCUGUUGACGAUGACGAUGACGAUGACGAUGACGAUGAUGAUUUACCAGUACCACUUGGUCCCGGAGUAACAUGAUUGCUCCUGCUCUCGAUAACUGUGCCUCUAUCAUCUCCAGUUGCUGUAUCUUGUUCUUUUCGCAUCGUAGCGGUUCUAUAUAGAUAAACAUAAAACUUAAAGACAAUCGACAUCGAUAAUACAAUCAGUAUUCUUUACCUAGAUCUUAUAGCUUCGAUCCCAGCAGCUCUAGGAUCUGUCAAUUUCGUUUUUACAUUCCUCCUGAGCGACGAUUGACCGGAAUAAUAAACGAUAGCCGAGGGAACAAGAUUUUCAUCUAUUAAUCGCGCGUCAGGAUCUAGGAUAUGCUUUGGCGGGCUAGUGUCUGCAAAAAAAUAUAAUAAAAUUUUACUAUAAUAAAAUUAUUAUACGUUUACUCUAUUCACAUAGAAUGAAUACGAUAAUUGCAUGUUAUUACUCACAGAUAACAAAUUCACAAUUUGGAUCGUCCAAAUAAUCCUUGAUAAAGUUCUUCACAGUUUUAACGGUCUCUAACGGUCCGAACAAGCCCUGAAGAACAAAUUGAUCGGGGAACUGUAUACGAAUUACAGUACGCCGAUACUUAUUCAAUCGGUCCAAAGUGCGCUUAUCUUGAUCCAGCUGACGCUGCGCCUCUGUCAGAAGCGGAGCGUCCUCGAAUUGUUCCCUGCGACGCUUAGCAUCUCGCAACAGAGUCUUCGCGUCGUGCAAAUCGAGUUCGUAGAAGUUAUCCGGCAGUUCGUCCUUGGGCAAUGCCUGAGUCCCAGCUUGAUUAAAUACCAAAGCAUUUCUCUCCCCUAACUGUAACAAAAUUUACAAUAAGUAAACGUGUCAUUUGAAUGAGAUUGCACGUUUGCACAAUUACACCUUACAAACUUCACUUCGUACACAUCUUCCUGGACUUUUGUAUUCGCCUCUACAUUGCACUGAUCUCUUCUAGUCUCAUGAUUCUCUUUCUGACUAGAUGCAGCGGCAUGACUUUUUUCCAUUAUACAUAUAUCCUUUUCUUGUUCUUUAUUAUCAGGCACAUUUAUUUUCUUAUCUUUUUCAUCAAUCUUUGCUUCAGACUUUUCUACUUUUGAUAUAUUUAUUGAUGAAUCGUCCAGCGUCUUACUACAUUGGGGUAUGGAUGAUGGCACUCUUUCGGGACAAUUGCUUGAUGUUUUAUCCAUCGCUGCUGACUUUGGGUGCAAAAUGCUAGAUACAUGUGCUUGAGUUUUUAAUUGUGCGGGAUCGCGAUACAUCAAUCGCAAUAUUGCCUUUCCACUAUUGAGGCCUAAUGUCUUCAAUGUUGUCUUUUCUAAUGCUUCUCUCCCGCAUAUCUAUAUAGAAAAACUUUAGAUAUAUUUUCUUUUCUACGCUCGCGGUUUACAUUUAACAAUAGAAUGUAAGGUAUCAAUUUUUUUCCGCAUAUGCAAAUAUGUAUAUGUGUACACAUACUUCUCGAUGCAUGUAGAUUAAUACAGCUCUCUCAAGAUCCGAAUCGGGAUAUACUUCUAACAAUGCUUGAGCUAACGUUGUUUUAGGCGGAAAUUCGCGCAUUAUUCUCUCUCCCUCCUCUGGUUGAAUGCCAAUUGUGACAUUCGAUAUUGAACGCGUCUUUGCGCAGGCUACCAUCUCUAGUUGAGCGUUAUUUGGUAAACCAGUAAAGCGAAAUAUCGUGUUAGGAUCUAGUAUCUGACGAUUGUGUCUGUAAUAGAUGAGACGAGAGAUGUAAUAUAUAAAAAUUAUAUCACAUUACUGCAAAAAUA